CUUGGGUUCCUUAAGGAUACUUGGCGAGACGCCAAUCUGCCUAAAGAAUUUGAGACGCUGAGAACGCUCAAUAAUGCUGGUGUCUGGAACGUCCCAACUUUCAUCUGUGGUGGCGUCGUUCCCGGCCAGAUAACUACCUCCAACAAGUAUAUCAACGAAGACUGGAACCUCGGAGCAUGCCCGUCGGUCUUCUGUAUUCGUGAACAUCAACGGAUCCUGACAGAAGAAAUCGGACAACCUCUGGAUUAUCUCAAGUCCUCAAAGCAACUUACCAGAAUCGUAUACGAGGCAUUUUUAGCUCACGAAGAUGCCUUCACAUUAUGCAAAAUUCUUCAUCGUGAUGUUAGCGGCGGGAACAUCUUGAUCGUGUACGAUGACAAGGCGCCAAACGAUAACCAUGAUGGUGGAGGUCGCGGUUUGCUGAACGACUGGGAUCUAGCUAUACACACAGACGACUUAGACAAAGCAGAGUCGCAAGGCAAACCCAUGAUUAGUGCUCAUCUUACUGGAACUUUUGGUACAUGGCAGUUUAUGCCCAUUGGACUUCUUGGAAACGGGACGAAGAUACAUCAACCUCAAGACGAUUUCGAAUCUUUCAUAUAUGUGAUGCUGUAUUACAGCCUCCGCUACUUGCAGCACAGCAAGGUUGGCCCCGCUCUCCCGAACCUUAUGACCUAUAUCUUCGACUACAGCAUACACAGGUGUGAUGGUACGUGGUACAGAGGUGCCCCAAAGCUUAGUCUCGCGUGUGGUUGGGGAGUUUUGGGCAAGGACUUUCGAUUUGAGUGUGAGCCUAUCAACCGUUGCAUCGGGGGAGGAAUCGCUUCCAUCCGCCAAUGGCGCGACUACUAUGAGUCAGAAACAUACACACUGGAGGAAGAGCUCAAAGAGUUCACAUUCUUAUUCCAACGAGCCCCAUCAACGCUAGUUUUCUGCGAUCAUACAGUUAUUUACCGGUCAUUGCAACACCAUGGUUCAAUGAAACACUUAGCCUCUUGCUCUCCCUCCUUUCAUCCUUCAUCAUUAAUUUGUAUUACAUUGCUGAUGUGUAUUGUAUCUUCAUGUUCUACAGUAAUUCUUCAUAUGUGA